CACAAGCAUGUGAUUUUUAAAGAAAAAAAGGUAAAAUUGCCUUAAAAUGGAUGUUUUUGCAUUACAAGAGGGGAGAGAAGAGAUGGCUAUCUUUUUACAUGCUGUUAAUAAAAGUAGCUAUAUUUGUGGAAAAGAAAAAUUUGUUAGGACUAAGUGAUGGCAGCACGAUCUGUUCAAGCAGUAAACGUGUAAAUGGAAAAUAUGGUGUCUGUCCACAUGGAGGUGCUAAAGGAUAAGUAAUCGUCUUUUAGCAGUAGGAUGAUCAGGACCCUGCAUUUGUAUGUACUAUUUCCUACAGUGAAUGUUAUAUGGAAGAAAAAGUAAUUUAUCAGAAAAUUAUAACAGGUCAUAUGAACUUUUUGCCAUAAAAUAUCUGUGGAUUGAUGCUGUCGGAUUUAAUCCCAAUGAGUUUACUACAGAAAGUAAGGAAAUGUGUCAUCUGACCUCCCAGCCGAUAGGUGGCAGCAUUAACAUCGUCAGUCGUGUCAACCUGCGUAAAAUCUGCGUGACCGGAAGAAACAAGACAAAGUUAGCCCGAAGCGGUUUCUAGUAAGCUUAGUUUUUUCUAAAAAGAUAUUUAGUUUUUCAUCUUCACUAUAUUAUAAUUUCAUUUUGAAGGUAUAAUGAGCCUUUAAUUAAUUCUCCCUCAAUUAAUCUUCGGUUGAGCGCUGUUUAUAUUUCUAAUACUAUCUAGCCAACGAUCGUUGCUUAGCUUAGCUCACAUUUAGCUCUGUGAAAUGACAACGAAGUAUGGCAGCUGUGGUACUUUGAUAAUUUGACGUUUUAAAGAUACGUCGUGUAUGUCCUGUUAAUACACAGUUAACAUAUUUGGUAUGAUUAAUUAAGAUUACUGAGUUUGAUUUCAAAUCUGAGCACUGCCAUAGCAAGACCACCAUAGCACUUGUGCUUUCAAACUCUCGUCUGUUACCCACAUUGACUUGGAUUUAAAAACAACACUAGACUGAUUACCUGCCAAAUGUUAAGUUUGUAAUUUCUAAUGGCUGCUUUCGGUUUUACUCCUGCCAGUGAGCAGGAUGUUUUUAGCAUAGGACCAGAACUAACCAGGCCUAAACCAAGCAUUGAACUUAGUGGCGAGGAAGCUAGGCAGUUCUAUGAAGACAUGAUAAAAGAUGACAAGGAGCAAGAUGCGUUUGAGAGUGCAGUCAGGACAAAACACUGUGGCAGAACGUGUCCGAUCAGACAGAAGAGUGGAGGGUGUAGUAGGAGAAUGAGGAGGAGAGUUAGGUGUGCAGAAGUGCACCAGGUUCAAAGUGGACCUGUUGUACAAAGACGAGUUAGUGGUGAAAGUCAAGUCAACCAAGGAAGCAGCUCAGAAAGGUCCAUGGAGCUGCUGGGACUGAGGCUGCUGCGUUGUGCCCAUGAAGGAGAUAUCUCUAGCCUCAAAGAUCUCCUCUCAAAGGGGGUCGACAUAAACUUUCAGGAUACAUUUUUUUGGACAGCUGUGAUGUGUGCAAGCUGGUCAGGACAAAAGGCUGCAGUAAGGCUGCUUCUCAGUCAUGGAGCAGCCUGGGUUGGAGUGGUUGAUACACAGGGCAGAGAUGCCCAAGACCUGGCCCUGGAAGCUGGCCAUAAUGAAGUGUUGGAGGAGUUGUUGAACUAUGGAAGAAGCCCAGAAAGAGAGACACAGUCUAAUAGCAGUGCCCUUCAGCCUCAGUGGUGUGAUGUGUGUUGUAGUGAGUACAGGAUUAGCCCUUCAUCACAUUUGUCGUCUACUCUGCAUCAGUUCAGUCUGCGGCGUCCUCCGCCCACCCCUUACUACUGCCUCCCACCUUCCAGCAAUAGCUACAAGAUGAUGGUCCGUUGUGGGUGGAAACCAGGCACAGGACUGGGGCCAGAAGGAGAGGGGCCCCAACAACCAGUGCCUACUGUGUUGAAGAGAGAUCAGAAAGGGCUGGGCUAUGGACAAAUGAAAAGAUCCAAAGUUACUCACUUCCAAGCCAGAGAUCAUGAUGCUGUGAAACCCCCACACAGAGAGAAGGAGGAGAGGCAUCUGAAAGGACAGAGGAGAGAAGAAACUAAAAGAAAAGAGCAGAGGGAUAAGAACUGGGAAAGAGAUUUCCGUUCCUCUUUUUAUCUGUGACAUUUGUUUACAGCCACUUUUCCAUUUGUCCUUGUUCCAGAUCAAAGACCAUUUGUUGCUGUGUUUUCUGCCGUACCUUGAAUCUACCUCAGAGCUCACACUUGUCCAUUUAUGGUCUUAGCUUCCUCGUUUUUCAGGUUGUACGAUGAACAAAUAUGGCUAAUGUGUCAGACGUUCUUCCUGUUAUCUUGGGCGGGGUUGUGCUUGUGUGAUUAAACAUGGUCAACACCACAGAACAACAGAAUCUGUCUUAAAAUGGUGCAUUAUAGAUUAUUGUUUGUAUUAUUUUAUCUAUACAUAAUGGGUUAUGCACCAUUUAAGCACCAAAAUACCUAAAAAAGAAAAACAAAAAAAAAGGUUUUUUAAAAACCCACAUUUUUAGUGACAGAGCCAACUUUUGUUUUAUUAUGUAAUAGAGGAUUUAUUGGUAAAGAUGCUUUGCUUUAUUAGGUGUGCAACAUCAUAAACAGUUUUUUCAUUUUUUAAAGUUUAGAAAAAUGCAGUUACAAAGUGGAUUCUUACUUUACAGGAGAUGCAUUUUCACCUGAUUAAACACACCUUCACACAUGG